AUGGAAGGCGCUGAGCAGGAAAAGUUGAGCGUAAUCACCGUUUGCAGCGCGAUUGCAGGCGUGAUUGGUUUUGGAAUGCUGCUGUUUGGAGCUUUAAUGCUCUGGGCUGGACUCAUUCCAGAUGAAGACGGGCUCGUAAUGGUGAUAGUUGGUGUGCUCCUUUAUUUGUCACAUCUCCUGGAAGCGCUUUGCAGAAGCAAGACCUCCAAGUAUCUUUCCUACAUCUUCAGCGAAACAGAGUUUCAAUCAUACGUGAAGGAGGUGCAAGCAGCAAAGCCCCAGAUCAGGUGGACGAUCCAGAACUACCAUUGGGAGGAGAAGGGAAAGCGAGAUAAGAAUGUUGAAAGAAGAAGGGUGAACACUCAUCGUGCCGAGGCCCACUAUGACAUCAAUGGUUUUGUGGACGAGACACUUUCACCUGAACAAAUGAUUGCCAUGUUCCACUUGGUGUAUGAUGGCGACAACCAGGACCUAGAGGCCAAUAAGGCCAAUCCCAAGUCCUUCCGAAUCUUCUUGCUAUGUGAAAUGCCACUGGAAUAUCAUCCCUUUGAUGACCAAGAAGAGCAGCGAUUGAAUGCGACACGAGAGGCGUUUUACACGGAGAACACCCGUGACACACAUCAGGACAAGUCUUCCGCUAAUUUGAUCGAUUUCGGCGGGUACAGAACCCACAUCAUGGUGGUUCUUCGAGAGAACACCGAUGACAGCGACGCCAGACCUUGGUGGAUGCACUAUUGGGUUUAUUUGAUUUGCACGAUUUGCUUGAUGAGUGUGCCGUACAGGUACUACUUCUUUUCUCAAUGCAAAAAAGCUCGGUGGGAGGUGCUGAAGCAUUUCUCUCACAAACAUGAGGGCGCAGAGGGAUGGAACAUGGAGCCCAGAGACACCCGUUCCAAGCGCACAGAUGCAGCGUCUCGAGCAUUUCGAGGAGUCAAACGUGAGACACAACAGCCAAGCCGUCAAGGUGUGAGUGCUGCCUGGGAGGAGGGCAAGGAAACAUUGAAUGUUGGACCACCAGUUGAGGUCCCUAUUGGUGUUCCCUCAUAUUGGAAGAACCAAGAUUUGAGCAAGCACUUUGACGAGAAGAUCAAUUUGUCUGUUGAGGAGACGCAGAAGAUGCAGACACUACUGGAUGUGACAUUCAAGGACAAGGCCACAAGAGAUCGAAGGAGUGGCGGGAUGCCCACCAGACUGGUGGUGAGCCAGGUCAUUCGCAUGGAAGACAGCAAAAUGUGGAUGCGUUUUGAGCAGAAACGAGCAGAAAUGUGCACUCGAGGCCGACCCCAGCUGAUCAAAGAGAUGCCAGGAAGUGGUGCCUUCAAAACUUCACAGGACGGAGAUCUGCCAUUGUUCCUAAAGGAAUUGACAACGGAUCUCAAUGAAGCUUACCUCUUUCAUGGCUCCAGCCCCGGAGGUGCCUUGGGCAUUGGAGAGAAUGGCUUUGAUAUGGGCCGUGUGGGCUCUAACGUGGGCACCAUGUUUGGAGCCGGGGCAUACAUGGCAGAAGCUUCAAGCAAAAGUGAUGAAUAUGCUACGGAAGAUCCAAGUGGUCUCUUUGCCGGCAAAUUGGCAUUGCUGCUUUGCCGCACAUUGCUGGGCAACAUGUUUUACAUCACUGAGUCAAACAUUCCCAGGAUUGACGAUGCUCUCCGGACAGGAAAAUUCCUAUCUGUGCUAGGGGAUCGCGAAGCGGCUGUUGACACGUACAGAGAGUUUGUCGUGUUUGAUGAGGCACAGAUCUAUCCUGAAUAUGUAAUCAUUUACACUCGUAGCUUCGACUAG